AUGGUUUCAAACAAUGCUGUUCCGAUGAAGUUAGAAAGUUCUGACAGAAGAUAUGUAGUUGUCAGAACGUCAGAUUCUCAUAUGCAAGAUACAGAAUAUUUUGACGACUUAGCAGAAACUUUAACAUCUGACUUUUACAACCACUUGUUCUCAUAUUUCAUGACAUUAGAUAUUUCAAAGUUCAAUCCAAGACAAAUUCCACAUACCGAAGAGAGACAAACAUUGUUAGAAGCAAACAAGAGUGUAUAUGAACUGUUCAUAGAUGAAACUGACUUUGAGUGUUUAGAUGAAAGGUCAUUGUACGAUUCGUAUAAACAGUAUUGUCAAGAAUAUGGUUAUAUGACAGCGUCUAAACGAACAUUCUUGGCAAAUGUCAAAAGUCUUUUAGACGUACAGAAUGGUGUAUAUACAAAGAAAAAUUUUUCUGAGUAA